AUGUCCGCUUUCACUUCGAAACGGUUAUUCACCACUCUUUUUCCUGUAUCAACUAGACUAACACUGCCUCGCUAUAUUAAUAGAUGUCCUUUUAUUUUACAACAAACUCUAUUUAAGUCAACAAAAGCUGCUGAAAUUGAUCAUAAAAGAGUUCAGGUCAAAUUAUCAGAAUCUUUAAAACCUCUUAUUCCAAGCAAGGAUCUUGUAUUUGGACGGAACUUUACAGAUCAUAUGUUAACGAUCGAAUGGAAUGAUAAAGAUGGGUGGUCAGAUCCAAUUAUCCAGCCUUACGGCAAGAUUUCACUUGAACCUAGUGCUAUGGUAUUCCAUUAUUCUUUCGAGUGUUUCGAAGGACUAAAAGCUUAUAAAGAUAAAGAGGGAAAAUUACGAUUAUUUAGACCAGACAUGAAUAUGAAGAGGCUAAGUAAGUCGGCAGCAAGACUUACAUUACCUACUGUCAACGAAUAUGAAUUGUUAGAGUGUUUAAAAACGCUGAUCCGAUUAGAAGAACGUUGGGUUCCUGCUGAGAGAGGGUUUUCAUUAUAUAUACGUCCUACUCUUAUUGGUACACAAGCUUCUUUAGGAAUAGGGCCUAAUUCUAGAGCAAUUCUAUUUAUUAUUUGUUCUCCUUGCGGUCCAUACUACAAGACAGGGUUUAGUGCUGUUAAAUUAUUGUCUACAUUUGAAAAUGUAAGAGCAUGGCCUGGUGGAACUGGAGAUGCUAAAAUUGGUGGAAACUAUUCACCAUGUGUUAAACCGCAAAUUGAAGCUGCCAAAAAAGGAUAUCAACAAAAUUUGUGGCUAUUUGGCCCUGAUGAUGAGAUUACAGAAGUAGGCACAAUGAAUUGCUUUGUUCUUUUAGAUAAUGAGAAUGGUGAAACUGAACUUGUGACGCCGCCCCUAGAUGGUUCCAUUCUUGCUGGAGUGACUCGUGAUUCUAUAUUACAGCUUGCUCGGACAUGGAAAGAGUUCAAAGUCUCAGAACGUAAGAUUACCAUGCACGAGGUAGUAAAUGCAUCGAAAGAGGGUCGUUUGAGAGAGAUGUUCGGUGCUGGUACUGCAUGUAUUGUCACCCCUAUUAAGGAAAUUAAUUAUCGUGGACAAGACUUAAAAGUGCCAUUAGAUCCAAAUGAUGCUUCAAAUAAUGCAGGACCUGUGACUCGGCGAAUUUCUGACACAUUGAUGGGUAUACAAUAUGGCGAAAUACCUCACGAGUGGUCUGUUAUUUUAAACUAG